CUUCGGUCCAGUGGUACGGAUCAAAUCGAAGCCCACUCCCUAUUGAACCACCGUGUCUUCCGGUCCGAUCCGUGUUUUAGGGUUCUCUUCUGCCGGACUUUUGGGCCAGCAAACGCAUCAUAGCAGUAUGUCGCAAUUACCAGUAUUUAAUCCGCCAACGCCCUUCCUGGCUCAUCUACCGGCGGGAUUGGGCAUCUACCGUAAGGUGACCAUUCGAGGCAAAAUGACUCAUGAUCAAUUCAACAUUAACCUACAGACGGGACCGAACACUAAUCCGCGGGACGAUACGGCGCUACAUAUCAGCAUCCGACCACGGGACAGUGUGAUCAUCCGCAACUCGGUUCAGUUCCGUAACUGGGGCAUUGAGGAACGCUUCGGUGGCUGUCCAGUGCAAAAAAAGCAAUACUUCGACGUGACGAUUACGGUCAAACCGGAUAGCUAUGGGAUUGCCGUGAACGGAGCGCACUAUUGCGAUUUCAAUCAUCGGAUGCCGUACGCAUCAGUGCGGUUCGUCCAUAUCGGGGAAGGUGCCAAAGUGGACGCCAUACUGACGGAAUGAGCCAGUUUUGCGUUGUUUUAAUACACCAAUAAACUAUGUCACUCAGGCAAAACCA